AAGGUCCGAGGCGCCUUCCGGAGGCGACGGUCCCCGAGGCGGCGGCUGGGAAGGGCGGCCCCAGGGAGCCCGAGGCCGGCGCGGGUGGGGAGGGCGAGCGGCGGGGCGCCGGCGAACAGCCCGAGACGCGCUCCGUGUGUAGCAGCCGCAGCAGCAGCAGCGGCGGCGGCGGCGACCAGCGCGCCGGGCACCAGCAUCAGCACCACCAGCCCAUCUGCAAGAUCUGCUUCCAGGGCGCCGAGCAGGGGGAGCUGUUGAACCCCUGCCGAUGUGACGGGUCCGUUAGGUAUACACAUCAGCUGUGCUUGCUAAAAUGGAUCAGUGAGAGGGGUUCCUGGACCUGCGAACUCUGCUGUUACAGAUACCAUGUCACAGCCAUUAAAAUGAAGCAACCCUGCCAGUGGCAAAGCAUUUCUAUAACACUGGUUGAGAAAGUUCAGAUGAUCGCUGUAAUUCUAGGAUCCCUGUUCUUAAUAGCGAGUGUGACCUGGCUCCUCUGGUCAGCCUUCAGCCCCUAUGCAGUGUGGCAGAGGAAGGACAUCCUUUUUCAGAUCUGCUAUGGAAUGUAUGGUUUUAUGGAUCUAGUGUGCAUAGGUCUCAUUGUCCAUGAAGGAGCUGCAGUUUACAGAGUGUUUAAGCGCUGGCGAGCUGUCAACUUACACUGGGAUGUAUUAAAUUAUGACAAAGCCACAGACAUCGAAGAAAGUAGCCGGGGAGAGUCUUCCACGAGCAGGACUUUAUGGUUGCCAUUGACGGCUCUGCGGAACAGGAACUUGGUCCACCCAACCCAGUUGACCUCCCCAAGGUUUCAGUGUGGCUACGUGUUAUUACAUCUGUUCAAUCGAAUGAGGGCCCAUGAGGAUUUGUCAGAAGACAACAGCUCGGGGGAGGUUGUGAUGAGAGUGACUUCAGUGUGACAGAGCUGAGAAGGUGUGGUGUGGACCACCCUGCACAUUUUGGAAUGUAAUUGCAAUGAAUGGCAAAACCAUAGCACUUCUAAAAACACACAUCUAUGAACUUUUUAAAAUUUAUGCUUUUUAUAUGAACAUUUGAAUUGCAAAUACAUUUUUCUGAAAAAAAGA